AUGGGUGAAACCAAAGGAGAUAACCCCAACAUACAGCACCAACAACCACAACAAACUCAGCAGCACCAGCAAAUUUCAACCUCUCCAAAUGAUCCUCUUGAAGAAGCAUCACCGUUAACGGUAGCUGUGACCGGAGCUACUGCUCCCUUUAACAUUCCUGCUCCAUUGUAUGUUCCAAUCAGUGGUGCAACAUCUUCUUCAUUGCCUUUUGAUCAAUCACAAUUUGAGGCCGUGAAUCCCAAGAGACCUAGAUACACCAGUACUGGGCAAUGGAAGCUUCUACCAUCCCCAUCUUCCCAACAAAAACAGACUCCUACCCAAACUACCGGAGCUUCUUCCUCCGAUACAGCCUCAUCCCCACCUCACUCUCCUCUCCCGUCUCUCUCCGCAACCUCAGGCCAAGACACAACGAAAACAGAAGGAGAAGAACAAAACCCAUCUCUUCACCGCAGUCAGUUCCGAAGAGGCAAGUAUGUCAGUCCGGUUUGGAAGCCCCACGAGAUGUUGUGGCUAGCCAAGGCUUGGAGGGCUGUUUAUCAAAGCCAAGGCUCAGAACACCACUCAGAUAUCACUGGUCAACCCACCAGAGCCAAAACAAGGGCUGAUAAGGACAGGGAAGUUGCCGAGUUUCUUCAGAAGAAUGGGAUCAACCGAGACGCGAAAACAGCCGGUACGAAAUGGGAUAACAUGCUGGGAGAGUUUCGAAAAGUCUAUGAGUGGGAAAGAGGAGCUGAUAGAGAACAAGUUGGGAACAAGAGCUAUUUCAGGCUUUCUCCUUACGAGAGGAAGCUUCACAGAUUGCCUGCUUCUUUUGACGAAGAGGUAUUUGAUGAGCUCGCACAGUUUAUGGGGUCUAGAAUGAGGACUCCUCCGAUCAGCAGAGCUGCUGAUAGCACACGGUCACAAUCUCUUUAUGUCACCACAAGUAGUGUUUUGCCACAACCACCUUCUUUCAGAGAAGAAGACCUCCCUAACUCAGGUAGGGCAAGGCAGCUAAUGAUCAUGACCGGUGGUGGGGAAGGACCUUUUUACCCCAGAUCGGGAAGCUUGUUAGGGUUUGAUCAUCUACCUCACUAUCAUCACCAGUCUUCACUAGACUACGUUGCAGGUGUCUCUUCAUCGACGUCUUUGACGAAGGAGCUUCGUCGAAUUGGGAAGAUUCGGAUGACAUGGGAAGAAUCUGUUAGUUUGUGGGGUGAAGAAGGUGAGCACCACCGUGGGAGGAUCAAGAUUCAAGGCGGCUCAAGCUUCUUGAAUGCGGACGAGCUUGCUUACUUUGACGAUUCCCUGGUCGCCUGCACCAUGGAAGCUUUCGAAGAUGGCCCUUUUAGAGGUUUCUCUGUUGAUCGUUUUGUGUCUGGUCAACAAGUCAAGGUCUUUGGCAGACGAAAGCCAUCUACUCCAGGACCUGGUUUAACGGUUGCAGCAAUGCCUCCAUGGGAGUUUCAAGACCCAAGUGAAUACUACAUCACUUGUCUUCGAGUUCCACCCCAAUCGCUUCCACGCUUAUCGGACCUUUCAAGCUACUUGCUACAGCCACCGCCUGAGGAGUUCCGAUUUCCACUCCGGAAAGACGUUUACCGGGACUUGCCACCGGGGAGAGAGAGUUUCUUCACUACAUCAAAUGAUUUGCUGGAUUGUAGAGCCAUCACGUACGAUAUUGUAAGCACCAUUAUUCGAAGCAACUAUGGUAUUGGUGCUACCACUAGUAGGGACUCCUUCAUUGGCCUUUGGGAUGACUGCAUCAAUAGGUUCGUCUCCAAGUUUUGUUGUGUCGACAUGGUCUUCGUUCGAAAGGCUACAUCUUCAAUAUCAACAACUGAAGCUUUGCAAGACCAAUGGCCAAAUGUGACGGGGUUUGUGAAAAACUUUUGUUUGUGGAGAGGGGAAGAGACAGAUCAAGUUAGAGAAGGUCACAUUCAUCCUUCCAAAUCAUUAGUGGAGAAACUUCAAUGGACGUAUACCGAUCUUCCUUAUAUUUUCGGGUACUAUUCUAUAGGUAGUUUGGUCACAUUCUGUGCUCUAAGUAAAGGAGGACAAGAUCAAGUUAUUCAGACUAACUUACAGACGCUUGAUCAAUCUUUGCCGUCGGAUAGACUGAAAGCCCUAGUCCUGUGUUACAGAGUUGCUGGAUUAUUGCCCUUGCUAGCUGAUAGAUGCUUAAACAUGAUCCACAGCGGGACUACUAGUACUAGCAACGGGGGUGCUCCAAGUUACAAGUUUAUGCUACUUCCUUACAGUGAUUUUGAGAGGGUUGAUUUGCGUAACGGGAAUAUUGUUGAGCUGACCCCAAAUACAGUGACCAGAUUUUUCUCCAACCAAAGAAAGUGGUCAGCGGUCAAAGAAAUCUACGACUUCCUUGAUCACAGAAUACCCCAUGCAGAGUGUAUUCACAGGUCGUCGGAGAAAGACUUGGCCUUGGUUUUCAAGCCAAGAGGGUGCAAAUUCAAGCCAAGAAACUGCGACGAGCUCGUGGAGGCGCUCAAGUACGUGACCAAAGCUCUGGUGGCACUGCACGACUUGUCGUUCAUGCACAGGGACAUAGGGUGGGACAAAGUGAUGAGGAGCACGGAGAGGGACAACGAGUGGCUCCUUUGUGGGUUCGACGAGGCAGUUGGUGCACCACAGCUGAAUCCGUACUCGGUUGCUGCGGCGGAGCGUGGCGAACACGCGCCGGAGCUGGAGAGGGCGUUGCAUGGGGUGAAAGUGGACGUGUGGGGUGUGGGACACCUGGUGAGGAGUUGUGGGUUGGCAGGUGUGCCAAAGAUGCUGAGGGAGCUCCAGAAUCGGUGUUUGGAACAAAACCCAGAGCUUAGGCCAACUGCGGCCGAAUGCUACCACCACCUGCUUCAGCUCCAGUCGUCACUGUCGGUUGUCACCGCCAUGAUGUGA